CCAGACAAGUCUACAAGUCGACGUGGCAAUCUGGAAUACUGAGCCUCGAUCAAUAAAGUCAAAUGAGCCGCAGAGCAUCUCUUCUCCCCUUGACUUGUCUUAGUCAUUCGAUAUGACCACUCACAAUGUAGGAACCGGAGGCAGCCCAUGCCCCAGUGAUCCAGAAAGCACUGCACGUAGUACAUCAUUUCAGCCUUGGCAUAGCUGCUGGGCAACGAUUGACUGAGAACGUUAACGGCCGGCACCUUGCCAACGCAAGCGAACAAGUCUUCUGGACAAGUCCACAUGGUUUAAGGUCCAAUAUAUUUUCCGAUCAGACUGACUGUCACAAUCAAUUGCUGCAAGCACCCUUUCAGUCGGCGUCGGAGGCUCGCCAAGCUCCAUGGACUCCGAGGUUCCGACUCCGACUUUAUCACAUCACCAUCUGGAACGAAUGAGAUUGGAAGGGUGAUCUGCCGACGCGGAUGCACACACACAGCUAGCACGAGGCUUUCCGCUUUCUGACCUCAGCGAGACCCAUCAUGUGCUAGAUUGCACUGCGCUGAUGAUGACAAGACAAGACGAGACGAGACAAGAACAAUCCAUGUUCAUGACGAGUCUUUGGGUGGCUUGAUCAAUACAAAGACCCACUCCUUGAUUGCAUCUUUGUUUUCUGCCAUUGAUCAGGGUCCGUGGUCAACGAUGGUGGCUGAUACUUGAAGAAAACGUCACCAUCAGAAACGGUUCCCAGACGGUGUCACUUGGCUUCCUCCACAGCCUGGGCAUUCUGACUGAACGGAGAGACUCUUUGUUCUGAUGGCAGCGUCAUGACUGUGGCACAGUGACAUGCGCCUGGAAGACUGCCUAGAUUCGAUUAUGGGGACAGACUAAACCAAUCAGACCAGAGCGGGAAUCUAGGUUGGUGAGUCCGCGUGCCCAGCAACCAGCCGCGGUUGUAGGUUGUAAGAUACCUGUGACUCUGACGAUCGCUGGCUCAAUCUAACGUGGCAUUUAACUGUUGAUUUGUUAAAUUGAACAGCUCAUGUCCAUGUGUUAACAGUAACAUAAGGUACAUACAAGGUUGCAAUUAGGCGUCGAGAAAGCCUGUCUCCUGCUUGCCGUUGAAACAUGGAAGCGACCCGGGGAUAUCCUCAAGGGGACACUUCCGCUGAGGUCAUAAUCAAUUUGCGCACGCGAGGAAAUUUCCUGAAGCUCAUACUUGCCUGUGUCUUGUUGUGAGCUUUGUCAUUCAUGCACCGGCUGCUCCGCCAAGGGAGCAAGGCUUUAACUAUUUGCAAACCCCUUAAUAAACAAAAGCCAGCCCAAUACUUCAUGUGUCGAUAAUCAAUCAGCGAGUUGAGCAAAAAAUUCAUUCAUGCUCCUUUCUGAAAAAUAUGUUGCUCCACUGCAAAGUUUCACAGGCCGCAAACCGAGAUGGAUGAUGAACAACGAACCAUUGAGAAGCAAUAUCCAAAACAAGGAUCAGCUCUCUCUUUUGGCGCUAACAAGGAGCUGGGGCCACUGCAUCUUUUUUCGUCGCAUUCAGAUGUGGAAGCGAAAAAGUGAUGUGCGUUCAGCAGGUACUCGCGACCAAUGUACCUUCUCCAAUUCCGCUGCUUCCUCUCCAUGGAAGAUGCUUACCAUCCGUGGCUGUCCAUGGAGGCUUUCGAUGCAGCCAGGAAGGAAUAAUCCAACCCAUGCUUACUCACACCUGUCUAUCAUUGACAACUUCCAUAUGCUGCUGCCUUAAUGCUCCAGAGCUCCUCAUGUUGUGAUACAAGCACCAACUUAACACAGAUUACCUUACGCUGGAAGACACGGAUACUUCUACUGUUUUAGAUGAUCAAGGUUGCAAGUCUGAAUGCUAAUAAUAUUCGAGCUGCGGCAACAGCGUGCGCUAACUCACGUUAGCGUUAAGCCAUUGACUAUCGCCAACCUCUGGACUGUGAGCACGAGAUAUGUUGCUGUAUAGUUGCCAAAGUCAUCUAAGCAGCCAACUGAUAUUAAUUGUCGGUCCAAAAGACCUGAGUCCAUUCCGGACUGGAGUAGACGUACUCGUGAUUUCGUUGUUCGACAGCCUCCGAUUACCAAUUUUAGACUCAGCCCUGCUGUUGACGAAACUCUUGAUGGCUCUCCGUGUAACGGUUCAAGUGUUCACAGCUUCAAGCGCUUCGAGUCAAGGGUCAGCUUCAGAUACCUAGUCCAUUUCACAGGCCAUAGGCGCGCGCAGCCCAUCCCGUCACUCAGGAGACAUACACGCGACAAGGGUCAUAGUAACCCCACGAAACACCUACACUUUUCCCUUGUCAUUUUGCUGCAUCUCGACGUUCACUCGGAUGUAGCGGAAGAUAGCUUCUCGUUGAGGGUUUACACAAAGGAAACCGUUUGAGCUUUUCUGGCCAUUGAGCGAAUCAACAGCCAAUUAGACCUAUUUAGCGCGGCAAGCCUCAUCGUCAUGACGGUGACGUCCUGCUAGAGGGGAAAAAGAAAAAGGUUAUGAACUGAACUCAUACUCGUUCAAGAGCUAUAUUCGCUCCGACUCCGACGCGGAGUUUUCGAUGUGCAGUGCGACACUAAGAAAUAAAUAAAAAAUCCAACGGAGACUCUUAACGGUCGUUCGGGUCUUAUUUGUCAACGCGUGAGGCGCGCGCCCCGAGGUGAGACGAGGCGCGAGGGCAUAAUCCGAGGAAAUUGAACGUGCAUAUAGCGUGGAUCCUCCGCUCGGGACGGAAGAGAAUAAGCAGAACGAGCAGUGGAGGCUCAGGGUCUGAGAGAGAUUGGGAGGGUCUCAACGAACAGGGAUACGAAACCCAUCCAGUCCCUUGGAUAGAACAGGUUGGUUGCUGUCUUGUCGCAGCGCAUGAUCUUGCUGAUAAACAACCUGAUCAGUAUAUUGCCAUUUCAUUGCAAUCUCUUUAACACGUUGUCGAUUCAGCCGCCCGUGCACGGAUUCAACUUGAUUGAAACACCCAUGCCACAGCUGCAAAAGCCAAGGUCGAAUUGAGGCGGACUGGCCCAAGUUCAGGAGAUCGCCAAGGGUCCCCUACCUGCGCACGAGACACCGUCACUUGCGAUACGCUAGUCAAUUGGGAAUAUGAUGGGAUGAGUUAGGUAGUUUCAACUUUCAACCCAAUCUCAAAGGCUUGUUCUAAGCUCAUCUACUUUGGUCUUCUUGCUGAUGCUUGAAUGUCUGACCAGAAGCGAGAGGAUGUGCGGUACGUGUCUGAUUGGGAAACGCUGGUCCAGACCGCAUUGUCUGAACACAGGUAUGAUGACUACUGAAUACCGUUGCAUGCCUCUCACCCUACCUACAGGACAUGAAAGACCAACGCGGUAUGCAAGCACACGCCAACAGAAACUAAUGCCCAAUCAGAAAUGCAUCAUGGUUGAUUCUUCCUGGACAAACAGUGAUGACUGCUACUCUAGCUCCAGAUCCAUGCCCUCGUGAGCGACAACUCCAAGGUAUAUAUCAUGGAUCAGGUAUCAUGAUGCCAAUAAAAGCCUGGUUUGGAAGCCCAAUGCAGAGGCGGUCAAUGCGACGACAUCCGAGCGAGCCGCCAUAAUAGGUAGCAUGGGAUCGAGGAUACUGUCAACCCAAUUGUCACCAUCCUCUCUUGCGUACUGUACUUGGGCUGAAGCCUAAGUGAGACAAAGUACAAUUAACAACUUACUAAACGAAAUUUUCGUUCUUGAGCCCCAAAAAUCGAUCAUGGCGGCCGAUUACCUUGGUUCCCACAGCGGGUUCAAUCUUUGCGAAGUCCGCCGUGGUCCCACCUAAUUCAGGUCCAUCGAACUUUGCUUUCCGUGUUUGGUUUAUUGACUCGGCCGAUUUCUUGAGAAUUUUUCUUUUUUUUUUAAUCACUCACUAAUUUGGGGCAAUGUCCGUUCAGAAGUCGGGUCUCGGCCCAUUGACGGAUAAGAAAAAGGAAGGAAAUUUUGACAAAUUUCUCAGUCACGGACCCGCGGUCGGUAGUUUUCGGCCGGCGUUUGCAGUCGGGGUCCAGGAGAAUACCGACCGAUAUUGGUAUGGGACGAUUAUCGAUACAACGAACGAAUGCGUAUUUGCCGGUCGGUCUCCUGAUAUGAUUGAUCACUGCAUCAAGAUCCCGUUGUCCGAAUCUUUCCAAGUGCCCGUGUGCGGUUCCUUCAAGCUUUAGCUCGCUUCAACUUUAUCAGACCAUACUUUCUAUCGUUGCACUCUGAAGGUCUCGUGCAAUGCACGUGGUUAAUGGUUAUCCCCGGCUUUCUGCUGCGUGACAUACACCUUGUCUGUAUUUCUGCCAUUAAGUGGCAGGUUCCGUGAUGCAUCAUGUCGUCUUCAACGUUUUGUAACACUUUGGUGUUCGAAAGAUCCAUGUAGCAAAUGGUGCGAGGACAGGAAGUGAGACAUAGCAUUCCUCAGUGAUCGGUUUGACUCGAGUUUGCCAGAUUCGAGCAAAACUCCUUGUUGUUACAUAUACUAUUGUUCAAGGACGCUAUCCCAGGGUUACUUGAGAUGUCUUACACAUUAGUAGCCAAUUACUUUGAUAUUCUUUGGCCGAAUGACCUCGUUCGUGAUCUCUAGCCCCCACAUCUGAAUGGCAGCCAGAGACCGCAACCAGCGACGAUCGGCUCUUAUCAUCACUACAUGGACUGGUCUACGCUGUCAACUCAACCUGGACAUCAGCUCAGUACCCUGUCUAGCCUAUGAGGCUGGCGGUGAGAGACAUAUACAGUGUCUACUCUGUAUUACUAGGCAGUCUAUGCCUUAGAUGUUGGCGUAGAUCUGGAGCUACAACUUAUACGCAUGAUCCUACAGCUCUUUCAGGCAUCAGAUCGACUGCCCAAUUAUGCAUUGUGAUACUGGCAUCGACUUCAGUGACAAGUACACUCGACUCUCGUAUUGUCUAUCAUUCCGCAUGCAUUAUAUUUGUUGACAGUCCUUCCUUUCAUCUCUU